AUGAAUAUCUUUUUUGAAAUAUGGCACUGGUUAUGGGCACUUUUUGGAUGCUCGUUUAAUCUAUUGCUAGUCUACGUUGCUGUAUUCAAAACACCAAAAGCGAUCCGAUCCUAUGCAACAUUGAUUAUCAAUUUUGCUAUCACCGAUUUCCUGGAGUGUUUUUUAGACUGGUUUACGCAGUUGAGACUUAUUCCAACGCCAGGAGACAUCUCCUUAACUUAUAUUGCCAAUGGUCCAUGUCAAUACAUCAACCCAUUUAGUUGUAAACUUGGAAUCAGUCUUCUCCUCCAUUGCCUCCCCCAUGCAGUAUGGUCUCUCCUUCUCUCAUUUGGAUAUCGAUACUACAUCCUUCACCAUUCAGCACUAUCCCGAAUGACCCUAUUUAAGAUUCUAUUGCUCAUUUAUAUUCCUUCAUUGUUUCAAGGGGCAACUUAUUGGAGCACACUGGCAACGAAAGAACAGAUCCUUCCACUUGCCAAAAAAUGGUUCCCCGAUUAUCAGUUAGAAACUGGUGUUAUCACUGGAAUCGUUGACACCACCAACUGGGUUGCUGCCUAUGGCAUCAGUCACAUCUGCCUCCCAAUUUUUCCUGUCUACACAUCUAUAUUCAUAUUCCGCCGGAAAAUUAUUAAACACUUGGAAGAGAAUACCCAAAUGAUGUCUUCAGACACCAGAGCAGCGCAUGCUCAGCUUUUGAAAGCUCUCACUUUUCAAGCACUGGUCCCAGCGUUUCUAGGUGUUUCUGUGAUUUGUUAUAUUCUUUCACAAACCGGACUUGUUGUCUCUCCAAUUCUGGAAUACGCAAUUUUCUCCUCCUUCAUUCUUAUGCCUACCCUAUCUCCUUUCACCUACUUGUGCUUUGUCAGACCAUACCGUCAAUUCUUUAUGAGAGUUAUCAGAAGAAGUAUGUUCCUUCCAACACGCCCCAUCGAAAGUUCUACAAAAGCAGCUAGAUUUGACUCUGGAGGACAGGUGUCUCAUUUCACAAAUACUGGAACCGCUAUUUGUUGA